UAUCUGUCUUGUGUGUGUGUGUGUGUCUGGGGGCAGCGCUGAUCUGCCUAGAAGUUGAGACGCUCUUAACGCGGACGCGCAGCGAGAUUUCAUGACAUUCAACUGCUCACUGCAUCAGCUCCACUGACCUGACUGGACUCAAAACACUUCACCUGCGAGAAGAGAGGAAGAGAAGGUGUUCAGAUCUCUUAUAGCCUACUACAGAAGAGCGAUGGAUUCGUGGAGAAUCGCAGCUUUGCUCCUUGCUGUCUGCCUCAGCGCGUCAACUUCAGACCAGUUCGAUACGGAGUGUUAUACAGCAAAUGGAGAGGACUACAGAGGCCGACAGAACCAGACCAGCCUGCAAGGAGGGAGGCCGUGCCUUUUCUGGAACGAGACUUUCCAACAUCCAUACAAUACCCUCAAAUACCCCAAUGGAGAAGGAGGCCUUGGACCCCACAACUUCUGCAGGAACCCAGAUGGAGAUGUUCGGCCAUGGUGUUACAUCGCUGAUCUCGAGGACGGAAUCUACUGGAAAUACUGUGAUAUUCCGACCUGUCAAAUGCCUGGUAAUCUGGGCUGUUUUAAGGACAGCGGCGAUCCAGCACCUCUGUCCGGAGGCUAUCAGACCUCCAAUAAACUCACCAUUCAGAACUGCAUCAGCUUCUGCCGCAACCAAAGAUACAAGCUGGCUGGUAUGGAAUCAGGCUAUGCUUGUUUCUGUGGCAACGACCUUGAUUAUCACCGUCACGGUGAUGCUCCGAGCACAGAGUGUAACCAUGUGUGUUUUGGAGACCACACCCAGCCAUGUGGAGGCGACGGACGUGUCAUAGUCUUCGACACAAAAGUAGGUGCUUGUGGAGGAAACUACACAUCGCCCUCUGCAGUAAUCUACUCUCCUGACUUCCCAGACAAAUACAAACCUGGCAGGGUCUGCUACUGGACCAUUCAGGUUCCAGGAGCUUCCGUCAUUUUGUUCAACUUUACUUUCUUCAAUAUUGUGGACCAGACUGAUAUGGUGGAACUGUUGGAUGGCUACUCCAAUCAGGUGGUGGCACGAUUUGAUGGCCGCAAUCCACCUCGGGACAUCAUAAACAUCACUGCAGACUUCGUCAUUUUGUAUUUUUUCUCGGAUAGGACAAAUGAGGCACAGGGAUUUUCUGUUCUUUAUCAUGCUUUUAGAAAUCAAGGAGUCAGACCUGUGGAAGAGGAUGCUGAUGGUGAUGAAGAGGACACUAGUACAUUGCGGCCACAUACAGGAAGCACUACAGCAAAAUCAAAUACCAGUCAGAGUGGAAAAUCCUCCCUCCUGUACUAUGUAAUCACAUCAAGUCCUGCAAACAUGCCAGGUCAGUGGCAAGGACCAGAUCGGACUACAGGCCACAGCACCAUGUGGACCAUCUAUGCAUUAGCUGCUCUGCUAACGCUAACAGUCAUAGCCAUGGUAGCUAAGCUGCUCCUGCAUCUUACUGUAAAAUCACCGUCCAUCCCGUCAAUCAGCGGGUCAGAUUCGUGUGCGCAGAGCACUACGUCUGAACCAUGGAUCAUCUUCUACAGACCUUCCACCAUCUCUCUGUUUAAGAAGAAACUCAAGAACCACCAUGGAGACCUCAGCCCUCUCGUGGGAAACUAACCUCAACGCCUCUGACCUCUAUGGCUGCUUUAGCCCCCUAAAAGAUGCACACACUGUACGCAAUGCUGGUCUUCUGCUGCUGGGCUAUGAAAAGGGACCCGACCGAUCCCUACUUCACUUUCAAAUGACCAGCGCAGGGCCCAGUCUAUACGUGCCGAUCGUUUGUUGGUAAGAAACAAAUAAACUGCGCAAAAAGAGCUUGAUGCCGCUGGCCGAUGCGCUUACUCUCAAUUUGCAUCUCAACCAGUCACAAAUCAUGUGACAGGUGCACAUAUACACCAAGAGAUUUGAUUAGCAAAGGAGUGCUGGGAUGUUUCUUUUGCCACAGACCAAAACAAACUUAAUGACCGUUGGCGAAAAAUGGAUGAAGUGGCCCAGCUGUUUCUUUCUCUGCUUUCACAGAAGUGAUCAACCGAUAAGCGUCUGCAUUAAAGAAAGCGUGAGACUCCCUGUGGAGCACACUGAAAGACAAAACCACUUACAUAACCAAAAAAAAAAAGAAAAAAAAAAAGCCACGGUGCCCAACCAGCCCCUCUGGAGGAGAGAUACGAUUCUUUUUCACUCACUCUUUAACCUAUAAUGUAGGUCACCUGUUGUUGAGGAGCACAGAACUCCUUUCUUCAGAUGUAAGAGAGCUGGCUGAAUCGGUGGAGGAUUGAUGUCACAAUCAUGUCGAGAGCAAUUCAGACUCAAAGUGAACAACAAAAAAGUCUCGAGAGAGAGAGAGAGAGAGAGAGAGAGAGAGAGAGAGAGAGAGAGAGAGAGAGAGAGAGAGAGAGAGAGAAUCAGCGAGAUGGACUUCGGUGAACCAAAGCCUGAAAUUGCUACAAGUUGGGCAAUGUUCAAAACGAGCUGUAGUUGAGACAUCCCUAUGGACCUCGCUUUCUUCUCUCGUCAUCUGUGUUGGGUUUUGAUCUUUCUGCAUUGCCUUUAAGUGCCUUCAGGACUAAAAAAAAAAAACACUUGUCUGUCUUCUAAGCUGUCAUAAUGUCUCAAUGAUGUAAACAAGCAUUGAUCCUUUGGAGCAUUGAAUUGCAAAUGAGAAUAAGCACUAAGGAAGUGCUUUUCUUUUUGGGGAUUCUCGAGAUAAAUGUAGUCCUGUGGGUGUCAUUGUGGCAUAUUAUUCUUGUCAGGUUUUCGAAUUGAGCAAGAGAAGCAUCGUGAUGAACAUUGUGUAAUUCUAUGUGGGAACAAUCAAACAUCAUCCCCUUUUCAUUUCACUCCUCAACAGAGGCAGUGUUGAAAUUCUUCCCAAACAAUUUGCUCUUUCUCCCCCUUCACCACAACUUGAGCUCUCACAUUCUGAAGCACUUUUCCAGCCAGCCAAAAACCAUGCGGAUCACUGCACUGCUAGCUGCGAGGAUUGAGGACGCUCCUGCAAAGGAACGCGCAAACUGGUUAAAGGGAUAGUCCACCCGAGAAUGAACAUUCUGUCAGCAUUUACGUUCUUGGAACAUAAGAGAAGAUAUUUUGACGAAUGUUUUAAUUGUUUUUGUCCGUACAUUGAGUCCAUGUCAGUGGGAUCCAAAACAACAUUGGGCCUCAUUCAUGAAACAUUUUUUUGUUCCGAUGUAAAUUUUCAGAUUCAUGAAAGUGUUCAUUUAUUCAAAAUGUUAGUUGGUACGAAAAAAAUGUACACCUGCUCCCAACCACACACGUACAUGGUGCAUAGAACAUCCAAAUGUUAAAGGGUUAGUUCACCCAAAAAUUAAAAUUCUGUCAUUAAUUACUCACCCUCAUGUCGUUCCACACCCGUAAGACCUUCGUUCAUCUUCGGAACACAAAUUAAAAUAUUUUUUAUGAAAUCCGAUGGCUCAGUGGGGCAAGUUAAUUUACACUUUCAGUGCCCAGAAAGGUACUAAAGACGUAUUUAAAACAGUUCAUGUGACUACAGUGGUUCAACCUUAAUAUUAUAAAGCGACGAGAAUAUUUUUUGUGCAACAAAAAAACUAAAUAACGACUUUUCAACAAUAUCUAGUGAUGGCCGAUUUCAAAACACUGCUUCAUGAAGCUUCGAAGCUUUACAAAUCUUUUGUUUCGAAUCAGUGGUUCGGAGCGCCAAAGUCACGUGAUUUCAGCAGUUUGACACGCGAUCCAAAUCACUGAUUCGAAACAAAAGAUUCGUAAAGCUUCAAAGCAGUGUUUUGAAAUCGGCCAUAACUAGAUAUUGUUGAAAAGUCGUUAUUUUGUUUUUCUGGCACACAAAAAGUAUUCUUGUCGUAUUCAUCAAAAAUAUCUUAGUUUGUGUUCUGAAGAUGGAUGAAGGUGUGAUGGGUGUAGAACGACAUGAGGGUGAGUAAUAAAUGACAUUAUUUUUAUUUUUGGGUGAACAAAAAUUAUUGAAAACGGUUGCGUAAUCCAUUUUCUUUUUUAUUAUAGAUUACAUCAAUCGUAUUUGUUUGCAAGCUUAACACUAUCAUUGAAUAAUUCAUUUUAGUUAAAAAUUAAAAUUGUGAACAAGUGUGUACGCAUGCUCCUUUUUACAAGUGAUUGGAAAGCAUUAACAUACACUCAACUAUCAAAUCUGAGGUUGUUGAUGCGUUUGGUCCAUUUUACGUACAAAUUACUCUGAAUUUACUCAUACAUUUUCAAAAAUUACAUGAAUGAGGCCCAGUGUACCCAAGUGUAAGUAAGUUUGUUUCUGCCCUAAAAUAAAAAUAAAAAAGGUAAUUGUGACUUUUUAUCUCACAAUUCUGGCUUUUUUUCUCAGAAUUACGAGAUAUAAACUCACAAUUGUGAGUUAUAAAGUCAGAAAUGCAUAAUAUAAAGUCAAAAUGGUGUGAUAUAAAGUCAGGAUUGUGAGUUAUAGUCAAAAUUCCGUUAUAAAGUCAGAAUUGUGUGUUAUAAAGUCAGAACUGCAUAAUACAAAGUCAAAAUUGCAUGAUCUAGUCAGAAUUGGCAGUUAUAAAGUCAGAAUUGUGUGAUAUUAAGUCAGAAUUGCGAGUUAUAGUCAAAAUUGUGUUAUAAAGUCAGAAUUGUGUGAUAUUAAGUCAGAAUUGCAUUAUAAAGUCAGAAUCGCGUGACAAAGUCAGAAUUGCUAGUUGUAAAGUCAGAAUUGCUUGAUAUAAAAUGAGAAUUGCGUGAUAUAAAGUCAGAAUUGUGUGAUAUAAAGUCAGAAUUGCGUGAUAUAAAAUCAAAAUUGCGAGAUAAAUUCAGAAUUGCGUGAUAUAAAGUCAGGAUUGUGAGAUACAAAGUCAUAAUUGUGAGUUAUGAGAUCAGAAUUGUGAUAUAAACUUGCAAUUGUGUGUUAUAAUGUGCAGUUGUGAGGGAAAACAGACUGACGUUUUUUCUCAGAAUUGAGAGUUUCUCCUAAUUCUGACUUUAUAACUCGCAGUUGCAUGUUAUAAAAUCAGAAUUGUGAAAUAUAAACUCACAAUUCUGACUUUAUAAGAUGUAAUUGGGAGUUUAUAUCAUGCAAUUCUGACUAUAACUUGCAAUUGCGAGUUUAAAUCUUGCAAUUCUGAGACAAAGUCAGAAUUGUGAGAUGCAAUCUCGCAAUUGCGAGAAAAAAAGAAUUGUGAGAUAAAAAGUCACAAUUACGUUUUUUAUUUUUUUUAUUUAGUGGCAGAAACAAGCUUCCAUACAAAUGAUUUUCAUUGUUUGGACAAAAAAGUAUAUAUGAAAACAAAUUUCAUUUUUGAGCAAACAAUCCUGUUCAUUUAGCUUGUGGUUUACAGCACUUGCACAGCCAUCAGUCACAGGUCAACCAUUUUGUACUUAGUUCUGUGAGUAGUACUUAAUGUAAGUUUUAGUGAUAUUGUAAAGGCCCUUCAUUUAGAAAUCCUUUUGAGAACGUUCAGUAUGUAAUCUGGCACACGGGUGAUCAUCAGCAUUGCAUUUUUUGAGGGUAUGUCACUAAUGCUGCACUUACCAACAAAAACGAAUUAACAAAAUCACUACAUUUUGCACUUUAUUACCGAAGUACUUAUCUUGUGUAAUGUUUUAGGGGCAACCUUUUUAAAAAUAUGAUUAUAUCACAACUUGCAUUUUUUGAAAAUCAAUAUCUAGUAUAAGAAAACAAAUCAUGAGACCUCAGUUAAGCAGGCCACCCACCCAAUUCUAGUGCAAACAUCUAGUUUUUCCUCAAUCUAAGUGUAUUUGUCUGCACUCUGUUAAUUAUUGCAAACUUCAUCAUAACCUUAGCUCUGCAGUGCCUGAGGCUGCCCAUGCAUACUAAAGUGUCACCGGUCACAGAGCGAGAGAGAGAGACAAACCCAAAGUGACAGGUUAAAUCUAACAAGGUCAUAUUCAUCUGGAAAGGCUGGUGAAUAAUGCAGAAUCCAGACAUCCAUUUAGAUCGCAAAGCCAAACGCCAUAGCACUUUUAGCAGUGGAAAAAGUGUCAUAUCCUUCUGUGGUUUAUCACAAUGUCAGUAGGCCUUCCUUCUGAGAAACCAACAUAGGAAUCCCUACAAUUUUGGGAAAGGGUGCUUCCAGGGAUAGUAAAAAAAGAUGUUGUUUUCAUGGAAUUGUAAAUAAAAUAGUGAGAAUUUUAAUUUAUACCAUAAAUUAUUGUUAUUUUGGAUGUAAAAUGGGAUAUAAUCUAUCUUUUGUAUAAGUUACCUUUGUAGUUUUUAUUUAAUGUGUCCCGAGUGCAAAAAUAAAUAUGCAUGUUUCUUA